CGCUGGAGAUUGGAGAGACUUAUCUGAGCUACACUUCCACAGUGGACGAAUCUGCACUUCGUCCCUCGAUUCGGUCACAGUUAUUACAUGCGUCCCUGAAAUAUUUAGCAAGAAGCAAGGCAAGCCGAGCCCCGGGUAAUCAACUGGGACCAUGUCGACCACCGAAGACGUGCCCGCUUUCUUUAAAUACGCGGGGCCGGGUAGCCCCAAAUUCUGUGGCAUGUUGUGCCCGGUGGAGAGCUCCACCGAGAAAAAGACCCUGGAUUUUGAUUCCGUGUCAGCGGGCAGGGACAGUAGAGAGGCGGGCGCCCUGGUCAUUGAUAAGCAGGGUGAGAUCCUCUCUCAACCCGCCAGAAGGAAGGUUGAGAUACGGAGAAGCACUGGCAAAGAGACGCUGCAGAACCUCAUCGAUCAGAGUGAUCGUCUCUUGAUCAAAGGCGGGAAGAUCGUAAACGAUGACCAGUCCUUCUGUGCUGACAUCUACAUGGAGGAUGGCCUUAUCAAACAAAUCGGGGAGAAUUUGAUCGUCCCGGGCGGGGUGAAGACCAUUGAGGCCCACGGGCGCAUGCUGAUCCCCGGGGGCAUUGACGUGCACACGCGCUUCCAGAUGCCCGACCGGGGGAUGACCGCGGCGGACGACUUCUACCAGGGCACCCGCGCCGCCCUGGCGGGGGGCACCACCAUGAUCCUUGAUCAUGUGGUUCCUGAUCCCGGGGCGAGCCUCAUAUCCGCGUUUGAUCAGUGGCGGGAGUGGGCUGACGGCAGGUCGUGCUGCGACUACUCCCUGCACGUGGACAUCACCGAGUGGCACAAGGGCGUCCAGGAAGAGAUGGAGACGCUGGUCAAGGACCACGGGGUGAACUCCUUCCUGGUCUACUUGGCCUAUAAGGAUGUUUUCCAGUUGACAGAUUCACAGGUGUAUGAGGUGUUUGGUGUGAUUCGGGAUCUGGGGGCCAUCGCCCAGGUGCACGCUGAGAAUGGAGACAUCAUAGCGGAGGAGCAGCGCAGGAUUCUGGAGCAGGGCAUCACCGGCCCGGAGGGACACGUCCUGAGCCGCCCCGAGGAGGUGGAGGCUGAGGCAGUCAACCGCUCGGUCACGGUGGCCAAUCAGACCAACUGCCCUCUCUACAUCACCAAAGUGAUGAGCAAGAGUGCUGCUGAUGUCAUCGCCAUGGCCAGGAAAAAAGGUACUGUGGUGUACGGGGAGCCAAUCUCUGCCAGCCUGGGCACAGACGGCUCACACUAUUGGAGCAAGAACUGGGCCAAAGCCGCCGCCUACAUCACGUCCCCGCCCCUCAGCCCAGACCCCACCACGCCCGACUAUCUCAACUCGCUGCUCUCCUGUGGGGACCUGCAGGUGACUGGCAGUGCCCACUGCACCUUUAACACUGCCCAGCGCGCAGUGGGCAAGGACGACUUCACCCUCAUCCCUGAGGGCACCAACGGCACCGAGGAACGCCUGUCCCUCAUCUGGGACAAGUGUGUGGUAACAGGGAAGAUGGACGAGAACCAGUUUGUGGCCGUCACCAGCACCAAUGCCGCCAAGAUCUUCAACGUGUACCCGCGCAAGGGUCGCAUCGCGGUGGGCUCCGACGCUGACCUGGUGCUGUGGGACCCCGACAUCACCAAAAUCAUCUCUGCCAAGAGCCACAACCUGGCAGUGGAGUAUAACAUCUUUGAGGGGACAGAGGUGCGUGGGGGCCCCCUGGUGGUGAUCAGUCAGGGUAAGAUCGUGCUGGAGGACGGAAACCUUCACACCACCGAGGGCUCUGGGCGUUACAUACCCCGCAAGCCCUUUCCCGACUACGUCUACAAGAGGAUAAAGGCCCGCAGUAAGCUGGCUGAGUUGAGGGGGGUCCCCCGGGGUCUGUACGACGGGCCUGUGUGCGAGGUGUCAGGGACCCCCAAAACCAUCACCCCGGCCUCCUCUGCCAAAACCUCCCCCGCCAAGCAGGCCGCCCAGCCCGUGCGGAACCUGCACCAGUCUGGAUUCAGCCUCUCCGGUGCUCAGAUUGAUGACAACAUCCCUCGACGCAAUACCCAGCGCAUAGUGGCUCCCCCUGGUGGGAGGGCCAACAUCACCAGUCUGGGCUAAGCUCUCUCAUUGGCUGAAAGGGGAAGGGGGUGUGUCAGGAAGUAGGGUGUUGGCCCACAGGCCACGCCCAUUGUCAGAGCUGCAACCCUGAAGAUCCCUGCCUACAAAAGUCCCCUCUCUUCAGUCUUAUCACCCCCCACCCACCCCCUUCACCUCCCCUUCACACCUCCACCCUGAAAUACCCACAAAUCUCUUUGAGUUGACUCAUUUACUGGACACGCACUCUAUUUCAGACUGUAUUGCUUUGUGUUUUAUACUGUAUGAUCUACCGCCGUACAUCAUUUUGCUUUGUUUUGUUUUUAAAGGAAGAGACAAGUGAAACAAGACUGAGCAAUUGUAUUUUUUUCAUUUAUAGAAAGAAAAAAUCGUAUGUUCUGGGCUGUGGUGUCCAUGUUUUGCCUUUAGCCUUGCAAGUAAAGAUAUAGGUUUGUUUUUUUUAUUUAAUGUUUGUCGUCUUUUAUGAGCAUGGAAUAUGACAAGAGCGCUGAAAAUAGAACAUCAGAAUCGCAGGAUGUUGUGUGCAUACGUAUUAUUUUGGGAAAAAGUAUGCAUUGGAGUCUGACUCUUUUGUAAGGUUUUCCUCAUUGUUCAGAAGAGUACACUGUACCUGAUGUAUUUCAUGUAGCCAACGUUCAAGAAUCAAGUCACUGCACAGAACACGUCACCAUGGAGAUAUCAGGAGAAUUAGUUAAGAUUAGAGACUCGCGUUUGAAGAAACAUGAAACCAUUUUGCGUCUGCGUGCUGCAGAUCCUUGUUGAUGCGGAAGGUGAGCGGUGGUUUUGAUCUCUGAGCAGGCGGUGCGACGGCUGUGAGCACGCGAUGGAGAGCGGCAGUCCUUCUGGCUCAUUUUUCCUCCAAUGCGUUGUUUUACAUAACCUCGUCAUCUCCAGCGGUGGUGCUCGGUGCUCCACCAGAGCGGAGACACCUUCGCAAACCGCUCCCCGUGUGCGAGUCUCCGUCUUCGAUCGUCUGAAAUUUCCGACCCCCUGAACGUCUGCCUUUAACCUGUGGGCUGGGUGAGUUGCGGAGGUGUUCGCGGCGGUUGGAGCAGCGCGCCGUCCGAAUCGUGGCCUGGGGGGCGCUCCCAGCGGUUUGGAAAGGCAGAGCGUGCUCAGCCUCUCGCCCCUCUGGCCCCUUGCAUUCGUUCCUUACCUGUGCCUCAACUGCGUCUGCAGGACCCACGUGAGGUGCAUCGAUAUUUGUAUUAUUACUUAGGUAAGACAAGGCUGUAAAAUACAUUGUGUAUAAAAAAAAAUAGUAUUAACCGAUACUAAGGUGCCAGAUCUUUUUUAUUAUUAUUAUUAUUAUUGUUAUUAUUAUUAUUAUUGUUCCUCACAUAGUGGUUGUGUAAAAAAAGGAAACAAAAAACUUUUUUAAGGUAGCUUUAUGUGUUGCAUUUUUACGCAGUGUUAUUUGUAUUUUCUGAUUCACCUCCCACGGACUAAACAUCUAAAUGGACGUGUGUCAUUCCUGACACUAGAGGCGUUUUCGUGUCUGGGGAAAGGGCCCAGCUGCACGCUGAUCGCUCCCAAUGCAGAGUGAGUAAAAUGGUGGCCACAAGAGGCCGCUUCUUAUUAAGAACGUAAUCCCAUCGCUGUCCUCGCGUCCUCUGCGCGUUUCACGCGUCUUGACCCGCGCUGAACCCUCUCCCUUCGCUGGUGCGAGUGUAACUCCACGGGACAAGUGCGUCAGCCCGGUUCCUUCCUCUGGUUUGUGGUCGUGACAUUCAGUCGCUUGGCUGUGUGCUAGCCCUGUAAACGGUACCUGGGGAUGUCACGUGACAAAUUCAAACCCCUGGGAAGUGUUGAGUUGGAUUCGCUUGGUUAAUUUGCCUGGGUCGGCAUGCAUGGGCAGUGUGUCCAACUGAUCUCUUCCCCCCCCCCCCCCCCCCCAGGGAGUAAAACUUAAUUACGGGAUAAAUAAAACUGCUCCAAUUAGAGAUCAAUGUGCAAAAAGUUUCAAGGUCACUCUGCUGAAUGAGAGGAACUGUUUUCUUCUUCGCAAAACAGCCCUAGGCAUCCUGUGAAAGUGUUAGUGCAGAAGCAUUGCUCUUGCAUGUAGUGUAUGCCAUGUUGUAAGGACUUUACAGGAGGAGGUGCAUGUCGGCGUUGAGGACUCCUGCCUGGUACCUUAUGACCUCCUUCUGUCUCCUCACACACUUAGUCUUUACACCUUUGAGCUCAGUGGUCACUUUAAUCUUCCUUGUUCUCUUUACAUCCAUGCACUUAUAAUCUCAGUGAUUUUUAUUAUGAUUGUUUUUGUUGUGAUUUUAUUGGUAUUUUGUGUUUGUUUGUUUCUUGUUUAUUGUGUUUUUCUCCUUUUGCCUCCGCGCUGAAACGCAGACCGAUGCUAAUGACUGUGUGAAUUUAGCAUGGGUCUCCCAUUCGCUUGCUUGCUGUUAGAAUGCUGAGAAUCUCAGAGGGGAGGGAACAGGGCCUUAAAGAACAGAGAGGCCCUACACCCCUGCAUAUUCCUGUCUGCUUAUAGGGCCUCAAAGAACAGAAAGGCCCUACACCCCUGCAUAUUCCUGUCAGCUUCCAGGGCCUUAAAGAACAGAAAGGCCCUACACCCCUGCAUAUUCCUGUCUGCUUACAGGGCCUUAAAUAACAGAAAGGCCCUACACCCCUGCAUAUUCCUGUCAGCUUACAGGGCCUUAAAGAACAGAAAGGCCCUACACCCCUGCAUAUUCCUGUCAGCUGGAUGGAAGUGUUCUUAGAGAAACAGUUUGGAAAGUGUGCACCAGUAGAGUUUGGCAGCAGGGGAAAUGUUUCCCUGCUUUUAUCUCCCCCUCUGGAGGCUUUGUAUGGCUCCAUGCCAUAGUGGCAACAUGGGCUAGUAAUUCUAGUCAUUCUGGCCCUGCCUUUUAUUCCUAUGAGAACUGCAGUUGCCCCUGGCGACCCCUCUGGGCCCUGACGCUGUUAGAGCAACGGAACACCCAAACAGGCACACCCCCUGGCAGACUGCACAACUUUUCCAGCUCAGUCUGAGGGCUUUGGGGUCCCAGAAGGUGCAGGUGCACGGAGGGGCACCGUUAGCCCUAAAUCUUGCACAAAGCUCCCUUCCAUUCCAGUGAACAUGUCAGGACAAGCAGUGGUCUGAGCUGAAUUACUGCAGCAGCUGACCCUCCAGAGAAUGCAAGUGGCAACAAUACAGUGUGCCAGGAUGCUCACUUUGUGUACCCACAAUGCAACGUGGCAGAAUGCUGGGUCCAAGUACUUGCAAUACAACUCUCUAGUAAUGCUUGCCCCCUCCCCCACCCACUGCCACCUCUCACCCCCCUGCUUUGGCCAGCUGUGUAACUCUAUGCUCAUAUGUGAUGUAAGUGCAGCACUGAGAGAAAUUCUUUUGGUCUGAAGGUGAUGUCAUGCUUCCCCCAUUGUAAAAGUGAAAGUGUUGAUGAUGUGUGUUCUCUUAGGCUGUGGGGUUUUGAGGAUGCCUGUCUCUCUGAAAAGUAUCAAAUCCCAUUGAUGGUUACUUAAAUAAUUUCAAAAAUAAAAAACAAACAAAAAACGA